UUCUCUCGAGAUCGACACCGACCUUUACCACUCUCGGUCGUUCCCUCUCUCUAGUCUCUGCCCCUCAAUAAUGCUCGCACAUGACCCACGUCUUCCCUCGCUGCUACAACCGCGGCGGCCAAGCAUGGAAGUGGUGCAUGUCCCUUGCGCAGCGCUGCACCACCAUGUGCCAACUCAAGCCCAUUCACGCCAUCUUCAUUGCCAGCGGCCUCCACCACAACAACUACGCCGUUAGCAAACUCCUUGCUUUCUGCGCACUCUCUGCCACCGGCAGCCUCUCUUACGCCUCCCUCAUAUUCAGCCAUAUCCAAUCUCCCAAUUUGUUUAUCUACAACACCCUCAUCAGAGCUUACUCCCUCAGUUCACAGCCUCAACUUGCUCUUCAUUACUUCCAGCUCAUGCUGAAAGAUAAUAACCUAUUACCCGACCACCACUCUUUUAAUUUCGUUAUUUUGGCUUGCGCGAAUGUCAAAUGGGUACUCGCUGGCAAGCAAGUUCACAAUUGUGUAAUAAAGAAUGGUUUGGCUUUAUUUGAUGCUCAUGUCCAGACUGCGAUUAUUAAAUUUUACGGCGAGUGUAAGUUUUUGGAUGAUGCCCGUAAAAUGUUCGGUGAAAUUUCUUGUGUAGAUGCUAUUCAGUGGAAUGUUCUUAUGAAAGCCUAUGUUAAGUGCAAUUUGGCGUCUGAGGCUUUGAAACUUUUCCGGCAUAUGUUGGUAUCUGGAGCUGAGGCUGAUGAAUUUUGUGUAACCACUGUGCUUACAGCUUGUGCUCAGAUGGGGGCGCUUUGGCAGGGGAAAUGGAUUCAUGAGUAUGUUAAGAAGAUGAAAGGGAUGGAAUUGGAUGUGUUUUUCAUGACAGCGCUGGUUGAUAUGUAUGCUAAGUGCGGGUGCGUAGACGUGGCUGAGGAAGUCUUUGAGGGGAUGUCUAAAAGGAAUGUGUUCUCAUGGGCAGCCAUGAUUGGAGGCUUGGCGUUACAUGGAUAUGCUAGGAAGGCUAUCCAUUGCUUGGAGAGGAUGCAAGUAGAUGAUGGGCUAAGGCCUGAUGGGGUUGUCCUUCUUGGGGUUCUUACGGCAUGUACGCAUGCAGGACUCCAAGAGGAAGGCCAAUUGCUGUUGGAUAACAUGGAAGCUCGAUAUGGUAUUAGGCCUAAACAUGAGCACUAUAGUUGUAUGGUGGACUUGCUAUGUAGAGCGGGCCAAUUGGAGCAAGCACUUCAGCUCAUAAGAAGAAUGCCAAUGAAGCCACUUGCCUCUGUCUGGGGUGCUUUACUGAGUGGUUGUGGAAUUUAUAAAAAUGUUGAUCUUGCAGAGCUUGCCGUUAGAGAGCUUCAUAAAGUGUUAGAAAAUGACGAUGGGGCAGGAGGAGGAGUUUAUGUUCAGCUAUCUAACAUAUAUUUGUGCGCUCGGAGAGCUGAAGACGCACGUAGGAUAAGGAGGAUGAUUGGUGAUAGAGGUCUCAAGAAAACACCAGGUUGUAGUAUGAUCGAGGUGGAUGGCAAGGUGAAUGAGUUUGUUUCAGGAGAUGUGUCACAUUUUGAUAGAACUCGGAUAUGUGCAAUGCUAGGGCUACUGUCCCUUGAAUUAGGUUAAGAUCCUUGUUUGAAUGAAGCAAACGACUUGCAUGCAUAUCAUAGAUAAGAGUUCUAGAUUGCAAAUCCUUUUUCAGA